CCAGAGAUAGUCAAGUGUAAAUGUAGAGUAGAAGAUAUCGUCUGUCAUCCUUAUCGUGUCACUGUUAGUGGGUUUGUACUAGCUGAUUAUCUUAUAACAUUUGCAUCCUAUCUUCAGACACCCACUGCCCAAACAGUCGGACUCUAGGCCGCGAUGACCGACACCAACCUAUCGGCAGUGCUGUACAAGGUCCAGGACCUCAGGCUGGUUGACCGGCCUAUCCCAGAACCUAAACAAGGGGAGGUCCAGAUAUCUAUGCGGACAGUGGGGAUAUGUGGUUCGGAUGUCCACUACUGGCACAGUGGGGCUAUCGGUCACUUCGUGGUCAAGGCCCCCAUGCUUCUCGGCCACGAGUGUGCGGGUGUAGUCAGCAAGGUGGGGGAAGGAGUCACCCAUCUCAAGGAGGGAGACCGCGUUGCCAUCGAGCCCGGCGUCCCGUGUCGUCAGUGUGACCUGUGCAAAGAUGGCCGCUACAACCUCUGUCCAGACGUCUUCUUCCUGGCCACCCCGCCAGACAGUGGCGCCCUCGCUAGAUACCACACUCACGCCGCCGACUUCGUCUUCAAACUGCCGGACAACGUGAGCUUCGAGGAAGGAUCUAUGAUUGAGCCCCUGUCUGUAGGACUGCACGCGUGUAGAAGAGCCGGCGUGAAGCUGGGUGGACGGGUGAUGGUCUGUGGGGCAGGACCUAUUGGUCUGUGCGCCAUGUUGUGCGCCAAGGCUAUGGGUGCUGCCGGGGUGUGUAUGACAGACAUUGACGCCAAGCGCUUGGAGUUCGCCCGACAGGUCGGUGCGACAUCUACUGUUCUCGUCGACACCAAGGACGUGGAAGACGUCGCAGCCAAAGUUCGCGAAGCAUUGGGAGGCGCGCCCGAUUUCUCUAUUGAGGCCAGCGGAGCUCAGUUUUGUGUGGAGCUUGGUGUUGUGGCCACCAAGACAGGCGGCACCUUCGUGGUGGUCGGUCACGGCCCCAGCCACGUCCAGAUCCCCAUCGUCAACACUGUGGCAAGGGAGAUCGCCAUCAAGGGAUCCUUCAGAUACGUCAACACUUGGCCAGCCGCCAUAGCCAUGAUAUCCUCUGGCAAGAUCAACGUGAAGCCCCUGGUCACACAUCGGUUUCAGCUGGAAGAGACCCUGGAUGCCUUCAACACUGCCAAGUCUGGUGUGGGGGUCAAGGUCAUGAUAAACUGCCAAAGACAAUAAUCAACCAAUGUGCCCAGAGAGUACAUGUGUAUCUACCAGUUAUCUCCCUUGGUUUGUGACCUCAUAAGCAGUAUUUAUCACUGGUUUGUUAUAUCCGUAUUUCUUCAAUAUUCAUAAGCCAUGAUGAGCUAUGAUCAAGAUGUCUUUCUGGAACUGAUAUAACCAACCUGUAAUUGUUUAACUGUCAUACCUGUCUGGAUGCUUUGUUUGCUGAAAUGAUUGAAUCCUGAGAACUUACAUUUGAUGCUUUUUAUGUAUUUUUUCUUGAAGGUUGACUAGUAGUGAGAAUAUCGACCUUUAUUUACCAGAUACAGAUGUCUUCCCAAACCCCAAAUCCUGAUUAAACAAUUCUUGCAAAAUGGAACAAUUUAUUAAAAAAGGCAUUGUAAUGCUGUUUUGUCAUACAAUGUUUACAUGCAAGUCAGGAACAGAGUACUUCAUGGCUACCUGUUAGAACCAUGAGUUUGUUAUAUCAGUAUUCAUACAGAAUAUGAAAAUACACGAUGUCUAAGAAA